UAAGUAAAUAUGACAAAAAAAGACCUGAGUUCUGAAUUACAACAGGGAGAGCGUCCUGGAUUGGCAUUUGUGGAUAUCUGUCCUUUUACCUUUAGUUUUGUCUUUUCUCAAACUGCAUUAACAUGAUUUUUUGGAUAUUACUUCUACUAAUCUGUCUUCUUUCUGACUGCAAUAGUUUGACUCUAAACAACAGGCUGAAAGACAACAAGGAGGUGAGCCAAUGCCUUCUCGACAACACUCCUGGAGCAGGACCUGAACUGCUCAACCUUGGACGCACCUGGGAGACAGAGAAGCCUUUUGUCACAAUAACAGCCAACAUGUCAACUAUCACCUCUCUCGAUGGUGUCAGGUCUUACUUCCAAUUCCGGACCUUUGACCCCGAAGGGAUUAUCAUGUAUGGUGAUGGCAACAAUGCCACGGAAUGGUUUAUACUAGGCCUGAGAAAUGGUAUUGCAGAAAUGCAGAUCGGGAGAUUUGGUGUCCGGGCAACUGUGUCUGGUGGACCAAUUGUGAAUGAUGGAGAGUGGCAUUUGAUCCACCUAAAAAGUGAGCAAGAAGGUGUUGUCUUAAGAGUGGACGACAAGUCAGUCCUCCGAUUGGAACUAUAUAUAAUGCACCAUGAAAAAAGUAAUAUGGAUGCCAUGCGGAUUCUUCUAGGUGGGCAUCCCCAGAAUGCAUCUCACUUCUUCACUCCACUGAAGCCACAAAUGGAUGGUUGUCUGAAAAACUGGAAUUGGCUGAACCAAGACACAGAUUGGCUCUUGAACCUUGAUGUUAACACCAAGCCUUGCUUUACUCACAUUUCCAGAGGCAGCUAUUUCUCUGGAGAAGGACUGGCAGUUUUCCACAGCAAUGAUUUCCCUCAGGCUAUGGAGGACUGGACAUUGAACAUCGAGAUGAUAAUUCGACCAGAUCAGUGGCAAGGAACUUUAGUAACUAUCACCACGAAAGACCUGGAAGACCUGAUGACAGUUCACUUUGACAGUUUAAAAGCAAGUGAGUUAGUUCAAGUGAAAACUGGCACUCUGGAGUUAACUUUACCUCAGACAUUAUAUCAUAAAUGCCAAGAAAUCAGGUUCUCUGUGAAUGUCUCUGAACAUGAAAUCCAAGUACAGAUUAGUGACUUGAAGAUGCAGCGCGACUUUGAAGACUAUGCUCGCUGGAAGCAGGUCUGGCAGGAGGGAGCCAGUCUUUUCAUCGGUGGAUCGCCCGAUACAAGAGGGAAAAGUCCCUAUAGUGGGAGGAACUAUUUCCAAGGCUGCUUAGGUCAAAUUCGAGUUCAAAACCAGCUAGUGGAUAUGGAUGCUUCACAUUAUAAGCAUGACUCUAUUUGGUCUCACAGUUGUCCACAGUGGAAAAAUUAACUUGAAGGGAAAAAAAGAUAUGGGAUUCAAAGACACUGAAAGACUUACCUGGUAUAUAAAAUGAACCAGGAUGAACAAGACCAAAAUAACCAACCUUGUAAAAAGAGUCUGCCAUGAUGGUGAAAGUCAUGACCUGGAAAGAGAUUUUGUAUUAUCACUAUUAAUUUAGCAAUUCUUCAAUAGUACUUGCAUGUAAAAAUAUUAAAAUCUCAGAGGUUUACCCAAAUGUUCAAUACCUGUACUAUUUUGACUUCUAAUACAAUAAAGAGUUUUAUUCCACUAAUAA